AGUAGCCUGGCUACUCACACCGAGUUCGUUCGGGUCCUCGAUCUGGCUGGGGCUUUGCCCAUGGCGCUGCUUUUCCCUCCCUUCUUAUUCACAUCUCCCCCCUCCUCCACGUCUCUCACCAACUACCAGUAGCGCCACAGCCCACCAGCUUCCCUGCCUUCUCCAUAUCCCCCCUCUUCCUUCUCCAUAGCUUCUCUUCUCCUAUCCAGCAUCGAUCCACCCCCACCCUCUUCCCCAUCUCCAUGCUCUUCCUAAUCGAUCGCUGAAUCCGCAUCUUCUUAUAGCUAGCUAGCCAAUCACCCUUUAACCCGUCGACAAAUAACGAAACGAGAACACAGCGCGUGUGUAGCAGGUGUAGACCAUCGUCGUAUCUAGGUUUAGUUUGCUGCUGGAUCUUGGAUUUGCCGGAGCUACGUAGUACAUAGCUAGCAGCUGACUGCUUGAUCGACCGGGAAGCCCAGGCGAUCGAUGAUGGCAGGAGCAGCUCAUCCGAUGCAUUUCUGCAUGGACUCUGACUGGCUCAAGGGCAUCGUCCCCGAGGACCAGGGUGGGAUGGGGUCGUCGUCGCCGUCAGAGGAGCUGAUCAUCGCGUGCCCGGAGCCGAUGCAGGCUCAGCAGGCGGCGGACCGGCGGCUGCGCCCGCAGCACGACCAGCCGCUCAAGUGCCCGCGCUGCGACUCCACGCACACCAAGUUCUGCUACUACAACAACUACAGCCUCUCCCAGCCGCGCUACUUCUGCAAGACGUGCCGCCGCUACUGGACCAAGGGCGGCUCCCUCCGCAACGUCCCCGUCGGCGGCGGCUGCCGCAAGAACAAGCGCGCCAGCGCCGCCAAGAAGCCCUCUGCUGCCGCUGCCAUCGCGCCGCCGAUUUCGAUGAUGCAGCAGCUUCAUCACGGGCACAGCCGACACAUGGCAGAGACCGGCCUCCACCUGUCCUUCUCCGGGAUGCAGCCGCCGCCGGUCUCGGCCGCCGACCCGCUCUGCAGCCUCGGGCUCUUCGACUGGAAGUACGACCACAUCCUCUCGGGCUCCGGCGGCUUUGAGAGCGCGAACUCUGAGGCUCACUUCACCGGGCCAGGCUUGAUGGGCAAUGCCAAUGGAAACGGCAGCGGCGGCGCGGAGUACCACGCACUGAACGCGCUCCGGUACGCCGCCGGCCUUGGCGAGCACCUGGCGCUCCCAUUUGGUGGCGCGACAUCACGGGCAGAGCGCGACAGUACCGUCGUCGAGAUGAAGCCGCAGGCGGAGAGGCUGCUGUCGCUGGAGUGGUGCGGCGAGGCGAGCCGCGCGCCGACUGAGACCUCCAUCAGCUCCCUGAGCGGGCUCGGCCUGUGGAGCGGCAUGAUCACCGGCGCCGCCCACCAUCACCAUGGCUCCUCCGCCGCCAUCUGAGCGACGCGAAGCAUCAUGCCCACGCCCCCAUGCAUGCAUGCAUGCAUGCGUUAGUGGUUUGCUAAUAGCAUUGCCGAGUGCGAGGACUACGUACGUAGAAGUGAUUGCCUUCUUUCUUUCUUGCUCCCUGUGUGGUUUCAUGCAUGAUCUCCUGCUGUUUCUUUUCCUUUACUUUUGUUCUCAUCGUUUGCUUGGAUCGAUGUUUGCAUCUCUUUUAUGUUAAGUGUUGUACUGGACAAUGUUCCGUGUUGCACAACUUCACACACUGCUGUGGUUCGAUCAAUUAAGUUUAUGGCUC